UGGUAUAAGGGUUUAAUGAGGUGUAUAGAGCACUGGAGUCCCUGGUGCUGGCCGAUCACCUCCCAGCUGGCGGGAUGUAAACACUCACCUCUCUCUGCCAGGCUUGACUCCUCCUCUUACUAUCUUGUCUCUAAAUCAAUUCCUCACGACUCAAACUACAUAAUAUCGUAUGAGAACUGUGAAAAGUUGGAGACAAAUUGUUCAACAAUGUCACAUGAAGAGAGUGAAGGGAAAUCAAGUAAUAGUACUGACUCAUUUACUUGCCGGGGAAAUGAAAAUGGCCAUGCUAAGAAAACCAACAAGUCAUCAAAAAUGGACAUGGAGUCCCUUGUGAAAGCUGAGUGUUCCGAGCGAAACUUACAUGACCGUCUGGAGAAAUUCGCAGAAGAGAUGAAGUGGUUUGACCUAAAAGAAGAUGAAUCGUUACCUGUGUUACCAGGUCCAGAUAUUGAAGAUAUUCAACAGAGACAAAUAGAACUUCAACCACCAGGAAUUCCUUUCUUUACUGGGACGCAUGUCCAACUAUAUACAGAAGAAACACUCAUUUGGCCAUUCCAUGAUAACGCAAUACAGAGCCUAGCAAAGGUUGACCCCUCAAAUGUGAGAAGAUAUAUUAAAGAAGGACUUUUUCAAAGGCAAUAUUCUUCAAAAAAUUCAGCCAAACUUUUGGUGAAGUACCUCUUCCAUGUUAUGUGCUCUACCACAGAUGAAGAGUUAAGGUUUUCUGCUUACAACACUCUCUGUUACUUGUUUGAAGCCAACGAGCCAAAAACCAAUAUACUUAAAGAUCUUUACAAGGCACUUGCUAAUUUAGGGGCUGAUGUUAGCAAGCUGGCCGUGAAUGUAUCAGAUAUCAAGUCACCUGUCAUUCCUUCUUCUAAAAGUGAGAAAAUUGUAGCUGAAAAUUCCUCCAGGAUCAUCAGAGAAAUCUUAACAAUGCUUCUGCAACUUCUGAGUAUCAUUUUGACCAACAGCAAAAUGUACAGUGAAAAUGAUUUAGAUGAACUCAUCUUUAUUUUUCUUGCCAUUGGCUUGGAUCCAAAGGUGAUCGACACCAGCUUGGAUUCUCAAAUUUCCACCUGUAUUUGCCAUGCACUCAAUUUAUAUGCUUCAGAUGAGAUUUUCUAUCAGAGAGUUGAAGGUCUGGUAGAACAGAUUACAUCAUAUAGUGAAUUUCAUCACCAUAAUGUUUCGCAUUUUUGCUGUAUGUAUAUUUUGCCUACUCGCCGUGGUACAAUUCUCAGAUCAUCAAUUGCUUUUCUUCAAGCCCAGAUUAACCUUCGAAAGGAAGAAAAGAUCCUUCAUGUUAUUGUGGAGGUGAAGGAUCUAUUAGAGUUGAUUGAGGAACAGUUGUAUGUACUGAGUGAGGAAGAGGAUGGGUAUAUUUUACACUCUGUUAUGAAGCUUCUUGACUGCUGCCUUGGCCAUGAGCCACUCCCAGCAACCCAGAAGAAACACCUCCAGGAGAUUUGUGACUUGAUAAACCCUGUCAUUAGUGGUAGAAGGGACAAGGUGGAUGACAUUAAUCCCACCAUUUUCCGUUUUUAUGCAACUCUUGUAAUAGCCAAGUGGAGAAGGAAAGUGGACUCGGUGGGGAGGCAGCAGACUCUUCAUGAACUUCAUGCCAACUCCGUCAGGAAGAAUGGAGAAUCACUUCUGCCGGAUGUGGAGCAUUAAGAAUGAAGCCAUCUGGGCCCAGUUUUAUUUACUAAGCCUCAGUAGUUGGUAAAAUAGCAAAGGACUGACAGAUAUGUAUUUCUGUAUAAUCAUAAGAUUAUGAACUCGGUUUUAUCCACCAUUUUUUCGAUGAUAUUCAUACCAUUUUGUACCUUGCUGUACAUGCUGAAGUUCCAAUCUGUACAGUCAUUUGUUUUUGCCAUUUAUGGGGAAGCUAAUGAUUAUUCUAUUGGUAUUUAGAAUUGAAAUAAAUAAAUAAAAAAUAAAUGUGAGAGAGAA